CCCGUGGCUCCGAGCUCCGCGGGACGGCGGCCGGGGCGCGGCCCCUCUGCGCUCAUGGCCUCUCCGAGCAAGGCAGUGAUUGUUCCCGGGAAUGGCGGCGGGGAUGUGGCCACCCACGGCUGGUAUGGCUGGGUCAGGAAGGCGCUGGAUCAGAUACCUGGUUUCCAGUGUUUGGCUAAGAACAUGCCUGACCCAAUUACAGCACGGGAGAGCAUCUGGCUGCCCUUCAUGGAGACGGAGCUGCACUGUGAUGAGAAGACCAUCAUCAUAGGUCACAGUUCCGGGGCCAUUGCGGCCAUGAGGUAUGCAGAAACACAUCGAGUAUAUGCUAUUGUAUUAGUAUCUGCAUACACAUCAGACUUGGGGGAUGAAAAUGAGCAUGCAAGUGGAUACUUCAGCCGCCCCUGGCAGUGGGAGAAGAUCAAAGCCAACUGCCCUCACAUUGUGCAGUUUGGCUCCACUGAUGAUCCUUUCCUUCCCUGGAAAGAACAACAAGAAGUGGCUGACAGGUUGGAUGCCAAAUUGUACAGAUUCACUGACCGUGGCCAUUUCCAGAACACGGAGUUUCAUGAACUGAUUAGUGUGGUAAAGUCGAUGCUGAAAGUACCAGCAUAGACAGGAUGAUUUCUGCUAUUUUGCAUACUGAUAUAAAGGUAGAGCAAUUAUCAGAUUGUUAAUAGGUAAGUCAUCUUUUAUCAGGUGAUUACUGGACAUGUAAAACAGGUCAAGUUAAGUUCCACAAAUGCCUAAAAAGCAAACACAAGUUCCAAUGUUCAGCCUAAGUUACAAAGAGCCAUUUCCACUUUCCAGAAUCUACACCUCCCCAAAGUGAGCUGCAAUGAACUAAAGCAGUAUUUUUCCUAUUUGGUAAGGGACGUAAGGACAGCUUAAUCACCCUCAUCUGUUCAAAGAGAGUCAGACAAAAAUGGAAUCCAGGUUUCCUGAUUCCCAGCCCAGCUCAAAACUAAAUAGGUUUUCUAUAUGUUGUAGGAGUUACAUUUUUUUGAGGAGUUAAACCUUUUUGAAAUAAAACUUUUGUUUUAUUGGGGAAAGAAGACACGACUAAAGGUCCAGAGUGUUGGCUUAGAUCUCAAAGUACUAUCUGCUAAGCUGGCCCAGGACAUUAAUCCCAGACUAGGGCCUUCACCUUUGACACUCUGCCCCAGUCCUUCGAACAUGUGAAAGAGAAUGAUAUAUAAGGGUCCACAAAGAUCAGGCAGGGAAUUUAGGCCCAGCCCAUAUAUAUAUAUAUAUAUAAAAGCACAGCUGACUAGAUUUAUGCAAGACCAGAGUUAUGAAGAUUAGGGCAAUGUGGAAAGCUCGUGCCCUGUCUAAACUGCUGCCAUGUGGGAAUGUGGCAGGGUAUUGCCAGUUUUCUGAUAUUUUUGAAAAAACCAUGCAAUAGUUUUUAUAUCCAGGGAAAAUACAUGUAUGCAUUUAUAUACAAUCCAUAGGGACAUGAAUUAUGUCUAACUCAUGUCCAUAUGGAUUAUGUUAGUUGGUAACUACAGUAUAAAAAUUUAUACACUCUUCAGGACACACAAAGUCCAAACCAUCCAUUUGUGACUUCUGCCAUAAGGAUUAACUUAGGUGCUUUAAAUGAUCCUUUAUGAGAAAUGAACAUAUCAAAGGGUAAAAUCAUGAGAACAAUUUGGAUUUUGUUACAAAGUCUUAAGUUUUUAAAAAAAAUCUUUCCUUACCUCCAAUUUUGUUUUGUAGAGUUCUUUUUAAUUCCCAUGGUCCUUUAGAUAUGUUUCAAGCAUCAUUCCAUGAGUUUUUCUUCUGCUCAUACUCCCUCAAAACAGACCUUUUCAUUUCCCAAUAUUUUUUGGCUGUUUUGUUACCUCAAACAAUUUUGAGUGAAUUCAUACUUGCUGUUGCAGAACCUGUUGUUUGUUGUAGUAAUGUGAGUUUCCACAGUUUUUAUGCCCAAAAGGGACUCAAAGCCAUCAUUAAAAGUCUUUUGGUUUCUAAAUAUGCUCAAAGAAAAAAGUCAGGAAAAACUCUAUAAACUUUUAAUAGCAAUUAUCUUUGGGGGAUGGGAAUUUUGGCAGAUACAGUAUAGUGGACAUCUCCUAUUUUAUAUACCUGGAGAUUAUUUGAGUUGUUAUACUGAACAAGUAUUACUUAUUAAAUUACAAUAAUUAGGAUUUAAGACAACUUAUUUGACAAGUUAGUGAAAAGCAAAUUGGGUAAAUGAAUUGAAUAGUAAUUUUCUUAAAAAACAUAGUUUAGCAUUGAUUUGACCAAGCCUAUAAUCAAAGUUUAAUUCUGUAUUAUUUGAAUUACUUGGGAUUACUAAUUGUUCUUACACUCUGCUUUGUUUUCUUAAGUCCUUUCUCAAAAAAUUACAAACUUAUGCAAGUAACAGUUCAUAAUACUUUGUUCUCCUCCACCAUAGAAAAAAACAAAUAUAUACAAUUGAGAAAUAAUUUUGAUACUUUUUUUUAUUAACUGAAGUCCAUACUUUAUGCAAAUGUCCUUAGUUUUUUAACCAAAUGUCAUAUAUCUGUUCCCAGACCCCUUCCUGAAAUACCGUAUCUCUGGUAUUUAUAUUUGUAUUUAGUUAUAAUGUCUCCUUAGGCUCCUCUUAGGGGUGAGUUCCUCAGAUUUCGCUUGCUUGCUUGCUUGAUUUAUUUAUUAUCUAUCUAUCAAUCUAUCAUCUAUUUAUUUAUCAUUAAUAUACAAUCACAUGAGCAACACUGUGGUUACUAGAUUUCCCCCAUUAUCAAUUCCCUACCACAUACCACAUUACAGUUACUGUCCAUCAGCGUAGUCAGAUGCUAUAGGACACUCUUCAUUCUUAUAGAAAUAAUUAGACCUACGUGACUGAGUUGUGCUGCCCAGUAUGGUGGCCAGAACCCCAGAAGGCUCAAAAAAUGAAAAUUCUGUUUCUCAUCUCAUCCACACUGGCUCAGCAGCCACAGGUCGCUAAUGGCUACCCUAUUGAACAGAUUUAGAAUAUUUCCAUCAUUACAGAAAAUUCAACUGGACAGCACUGGUCUAGGGCAUGCAUAUUAUAGUCUCUUCUCACCCACCAUCUAAUAGUGAGUAAAUAGUUCAAAGUAUAAGUGACUCAACUUGAACUUGACUAGUUUGCCUAGUCGAUCACCAUAAAAAAAUCAAGAUUCUGUAAAGUUUAUUCACCACCAAAGAUCAGAGGAAUUUCAUGGAAGAAUCCCACACAAACUAUUCAUCUAAACCAUCAAGUCAUGGUCUCUCACGAUUCUAUGUUUGAUUCUCUAUAGAUCAUUAAUUGUAGAGAGGCCUUGCCAGACUCCAAGGAAUAUCUACUCUCAAGUGAACAAAAUACCCUAUUGUAAUGAAAAUCAUCUGUAACUAUUAGGAUUUUAUUCACAAUCUGAUUUUUUUGGUGGUGUCAUGAGUCUAGAUCCCUACAACUUGUUUUGGUCCAAGCUGACUUCUGUAGGGUAAGUACCCAUUUAACUAUACAUCAGAGGUACUGUAUUUUUAAAUUAUUGUUUCUUUUCUCCUUCAGUUAAUAUUCAGAAUGAAAAACAUGCUACGGGAAAAAAGUUUUAAGGGUCUCUAUUUCUGGUGAAGGGAAGAAUACUUUUAGUUUAGUCAUUGAUUGAAGGCUUUAAAAAAAUCAAUCUCUGGCUGUCAAGACAAUGUAAACUUGGUAUUUAACAUUAUAAACUGGUUCCUUCUCUCCAGGUCUAACUUUCCUCCAAGUUCAGUUUUCUCAUUAAAUAAGACUAGAGCCUCUGUGAUAGGCCAGGUUCCAGGAAGGAUAAUAUUCCUCUUACCAUUCCAACUCUCACUGGGGGCCAAAGAGAAACCCUGUUUAGUUUCAGGUUCCUGGGGUUUUCUAUAUCUUAUAUACAGUUGGCCCUUGAACAACACGACGGUUAGGGACACUAACCCCCCAGCUCAGCUGAAAAUUCACAUACAACUUUUCACUUCCCCAAAAUUUAACUACUAAUAGCCUAUUGUUGACUGGAAAUCUCACUGAUAACAGGAAGUUGAUUUAUACAUACUUUAUAUGCUACAUAUACUAUAUACUCUAUUAUUAUAAUAAAGUAAGCUAGAAAAAAUGUUUUUUCAAAGUCAUAAAUCUCUAAAAAAAAUUUCAAUAUAUUUAUUGGAAAAAUUUGUGUAUAAGUGGGCCCAUGCUAUUCAAAUCUGUGAUGUUCAACAGUCAACUAUAUAUCCAAUAUUUGAGAAAUCUUUGUUUCAGAGUGCUUGGUGUCAUCAAAUGCUAAGGUCCAUAGAGCUGGCCACAGAAUUUAUCUGGUUCUUAAUUGGUUCCUGAGCUGAAUUUUAUUUUAAUGAUCCUAUUCAUCUAAAAAUAACCAUUCAGAUGAUUGUCCACUUAGAGUAGCUCCAAACUAAUGUUUGACUCAGGCCUCAGCAGUGGCUGACCUUGAAUUUCUUUCCUUUGGUCCCGUGCUGAACACAGAAACUUUUAAGUGCUACAAAUACAACAGCUAGGAUACUGAAGGGCCCUACCAUCUAAUUUCUGUGCAACAGUGCAUUAAAUAGCUUAGUGCUUCUAUAUGGCUAAAGACUAGAACUGAAAGUACUAUUAGAACUGAGGACCAAUUAUAAAGGCUUUCUGCUUAGCUUGGACCCCUAUUGCACCAUGAUUUUUAGAACAGAACAAGGAAACCAAUCUAAAAUAAGACAAGAAAAGAAUGGUGACCCAGCCCAAUAAACUGUAAAUGGAGGGCAACAGAUUAUUUUUAAUUUUAGUUACGUGAGAGUCUAUGGGAAAGUUCUGGCAAAUAAUACAACUGAGACAAGGUCUGAAACUUUUUAAGACUUUUUUUAAAAAAGGACCAAUGACAAUAUUUCUAUUAGUAUGUGAAUAGUAAUGUUUGGGUGCUAAAAACCUAUCCUUGAUGUUAGUCAUCACUUGGGUUUGUGGCAAGUACAGAGACAUAAUCACCUGAAAACAUAUCUCUGACAUAAAGAUUAAUUAAUAGUGUGUGGAAAAGGGAUGAUCCACUCUCCCCCAACGCAUGCUCCUAGUUUGCGUAUAUUCCCCUGGUAUUCCUGCCUUCUCUGCUUAAUUUCUUCUCAACAAAACCACUGAGAACAGAAAACAGAAAUGGUGAGAGUGAACCAGACAUAAAACAUUUCCAAUGAUGAUCUUAACUUUGAAACGGGCAUUGUUAAACUCCAGCCAUUAACACUGUACUUGGUAAACAGGGAUUUGUUCGCUUCUCUUUCUGUGAAUCUUCAGAAGUCUUGAAAGGCUUGACAGUGGUCCUCCAGAAGCUCCAAGUAUUUUAUUUAUUGAAAAAUGGAUUUCACUAUUAACCUUACCAGCUUUAAAUUCUGUUGGCUACUCUGUCAAUAUAAAUUUAGUCUUCAUAGAUAAUAAUAUAUUUUUCCACAGCAGCAAGCCUCUGUCCAUUAUUGUAUAGUUUGCUUUCAAGAGAAUUUGAUGUUCCAUCAUGAAUUAAAUUAUUUGCUCCAUAGUAA